AAAAGUUGCUGCCGGUAGCUCGCACGCCAGACGCCGCCAUGAUCAUCCCAGUGCGCUGCUUCACCUGCGGGAAGAUCGUCGGCAACAAAUGGGAAGCCUAUCUGGGUCUGCUGCAGGCCGAGUACACCGAAGGGGAUGCCCUGGACGCCCUGGGCCUGAAGCGCUACUGCUGCCGCCGCAUGCUGCUAGCACACGUGGACCUGAUUGAGAAGCUGCUGAACUAUGCACCCCUAGAGAAGUGACAGCUGGAGCUUACUCUCCUCCUCUGCUGGCCAUGGGCACUCUUGUGCUGAAUUCAAACUGAGGUGUUGGGGAGGUGGAGGCAGUGCUUGGCCGUGGCCCUUAGCCCUCGCCCUGGAGAGAAAUGCUCAGUAAAGACUUGCAGAACCACCAAAA